UUAUAACGUUAGCUUUGGGCAACAGGGUUAAGUAGCUGGCUAGCUAGUUAUUUUCAUGAACUGAAGUUCAAUUCAAGUGGCUACCUAUCUAAUUCUUACUCACAUGGAUUCCUAAAUCAUUGCUAAGCAUAUUGAAAAUGACUGCAGUUUCUAUUGGUCAUUGUUUUCAGGCUAACGUUAGUUGCAUUGGUGCUAGCUAGGUAACGUUACCAAGCUAAAGCUAGCUAGCUAGCUACCCCAGAAGUUGCUAAUAACAUCUGUAUCAAAGAUAUUUGCUAACAUUUUUGAUCCUGCUCGUUUGAUCCUGAUCUUAUUUCAAAUGCUCACACAAACGUUUUCCCAUUCGGUCGAACAAAUAAUGCAUUAUUACCAACGCGCUAUUGUAAACGCAUCGUUGGUUGCGGGUGUGUGCUUGUUUGGAUACUUUUUUUUGUACAGCUUUGACAGUACUACUGAUCGUAGUGGUGGCGCUUGGCUUGCACAUGCAAAUUCAGCACACACAACAUUCUAUAAUAAUAGAAUAGUGUUAUUUGACGUGUAUUUUUUUUACACGCAAAGACCCAAACGGCGUUCCAUAGAUGGGGAGCAAGGGUAUAAAUUGAGCAGUAUAAUAAGAGUCUGGUAGCAGCAGUUGUCAUGUGUGCUAACGCGCGGGGAAUGUGUUCAGCAGUCUGAUGGCUUGUAGAUAGAAACUGUCUCGAAACUAUCCUAUGGCAAAUAUAUUAACUUGCCCAUAUUCAUGUAUCUGGUUAUUUUUCUUCAAUCUAACCAUUUACUUCGUGUGUAAUAAGUCCUCCGGGCCACAAGGCGAAGUAGCAUGUUAGGUUGAAUAGUUCCUCUGGAACAGCAUGUUUUCCUUGUUGGUUUGUGGUGGGCCAUACAUGUACCUCGAAUUUGGAAUUUGCUUUAACAUUUCAGAGGUGCUGACGACGCUGUAAACUAAGGUGUGAACAUGUCUGGCGCGUUAGCAAGGAUACUGUUUUAUCCCACAUUAGCGUAUAAUGUUGUCAUGGAAAAAGUAUCCUCAAGACGGUGGUUCAAUCGCGUGGAUCAGACUGUCAUUCUAGGAGCCCUGCCUUUCAAAUCAAUGACUAAGGAGCUGGUGCAGACAGAAAAUGUCAGGGGGGUGAUAACCAUGAACGAGGAAUAUGAAACAAAAUACUUCUGCAACUCAACUGAGGAGUGGAAAGCCGAGGGGGUGGAGCAGCUGCGACUCAGCACAGUGGACCUGACCGGUGUGCCCAGUCUAGAGAACCUGCACAGAGGAGUGGAGUUCGCACUCAGUCACCGGGAAAAGGGCUCCAGUGUGUAUGUCCACUGUAAGGCUGGACGCUGUCGCAGUGCUACACUAGCUGCUGCAUACAUCAUACGGAUACACUGCUGGAGUCCAGAGGAAGCAUGUCAGAUGUUGGCCUCUGUCCGACCACAUGUAAUAAUUCGUUCUGCACAGCUGGAGAUGCUUCGGCGGUACCAUCAGCAAGUCUGUGGCGGUGGUUCCAUUUAAGAGUGUUGAGAGGCUGCCAGCAUACUUUAUUGCACUCUUACAGAAACUGUAAAAUGAGCUUUGUCAAGACAAACAAUAUGCUGGUUGAAGGGAUUUUUGACCUUGAGCUCAUUCUUUAUUACAUAGUUUUGUUACUCAACUGGAUCAAGUGCAUUGUAUAAUUCUCAAAUGUUUUGUAUAAUUCAAGUGUUUUAUCACAGCUCAUCAGAGCAUGAGAUAUAAUAAAAUGCAGUGUCCAUCGAAGUACUGACAGGUGGGUGAGGGGUGUGUAUUUAAAAGCAUGUUUCUACACAUUUAUUUUUCUUCCUUAAUAGGAAAUUUGAUUACAAUUUCUAUGUUUUAAGAAAAUUAGUUUUUUGAUUGUUACUAAUUUCACUGAUUGUGUUGGAUAGUAUGUUAUCUAUAUGGGUUGUAAAAAACGUCUUGGAAAAUAAUGACUUAUUAUUAUAAAAGGAUAGCUAUUGAUACUUCAUCCAUUGAAACAUAACCAGAGUGAACAUGGGGCCUAAUUGUCUGGAAAGCCGAUGUUGAAGUGAGCUUUUGAAUCAGGAAAAUUUCCGCUCACGACCUCUACAAACCAGAAUGUUGAAUAAAAUGAUAUGUUAACGUACUUUA